UCUACAUUGUUUGUGAAAUCUGAAAAAGUUGGGCCAGUUGAUUACUGAUUUAUAAAGAUGCAUCUAGGGCCUAUGUUCCUAAAGUUUGAUCAUUAUUAAUGUUUAGUUAUAUUGUUUUAUGCAUUACUUAUUCUUUAGCUUAACACUUGCACAGCAGACAGGAUUCACAGCCAGGAUAGACAAGAAGUGGCUUGAACUGAAAUGGAUUUUAAUCACAGUGGGUAUGGUGUCGAACAGUACCAGCCGCAAUAUUUAGCAGCUGUGGAUGGAUCCAUUCCUGUGGAUUAUCCUGGGGCAGAAGUUGAAUAUGUUAAUGAACCCAUUGGUGUGUCUGCGCAUGGUGAAUAUCAUGAACCCAUUGGUGUGUCUGCGCAUGGUGAAUAUCAUGAAGUUCACAGUGUGCUUGGUGAUGGUUGUGGCCAUUAUGGUGUCUCUACCGUGCACUUUGACAUUCAAGAGGAGCUGCUAUGGAUGGGAACGCAUCAGGGACAUGUAACAUCAUACUAUGGGCCUCACAUGCAGAAGUACACCUCAUUUCAAACACAUGCCACACAACCUAUUGUAGGAAUGGCCACGUUUGAGGGCGGUGUUCUGUCUCUCACAGCAGACAGUCUUCGAUGCAAUUCCCGUCAAGGAAUGCGCAUAUUUGAUUACAAGCAUGAGGCGAUGGUGAAUAUGCAGUCCAUGCUUUUAUUUGAUCCUUUUAAUCUUGUCAUGGGAGGCCAGAACAAAAAGUUGAUCAAGUUAGACUUAACAACAGGAGAGAAUCAGACGAUAUAUGACAUUGAUGAAGAAGUCGUAUCUGUGUUACGUACCAGUCAACGUUUCUUAUGCUGUGGUGAUAGCAGGGGGAAGGUAAACCUACGUGACCCUGCCACAAUGAAAGUAGUGCACUCACUUGAUGCACAGUCAGGUGGGCUCACUGACUUUGAUGUCCAUGGCAACCAGCUAGUUACAUGCGGUUUGACAGACAGACUUGGCACAAUGGCACUAGACCGUCUUUUGAUUGUGUAUGACCUCCGUGUAAUGCGUCCAAUUACACCCCUUCAAAUUCCCAUUGAACCUGUGUUUCUGAGAUAUGUUCCCACAUAUUCCAACAGAUUAGCUGUAAUUUCACAGUCUGGUCAGUUCCAGUUGCUUGAUCCCGGUGGUCUAGUAACUGCUGAAAGCAUGUUCUUAUAUCAAAUCAACACUGGCGGUCACAUGGUCAGUGCAGUGGAUGUGUCAACAAAUUUUCAAGGCAUUGCAUUCGGAGAAUCAGGAGGUUAUGUGCACCUAUGGAGUGAAUCUAAUAACGUGGUUUUCAAUGAUUACUCUCAGGAAACAGAGUUUGCUCCACAGGUGGACCAUCUGAAUCCUAUUGGCAUAAUGGACGAGUUCACACCAUUGUCAAGUAUUCCCACGCCCUAUGGAGAAUCAACGCUGCUGUCCGAGGCAAAACAUUCUGUCUCUUAUACACAUCUGGUGGAGAUCAAGUACUCUAAGCUUGGGGUUGAAGAUUUUGACUUUCGACACUACAACAAGACCAACUUCGCUGGACUAGAAACACACAUUCCAAAUGCAUAUUGCAAUGCUAUGUUACAGGUUCUGUACUUCAUAGAACCUCUCCGAUGUGCAAUGGAAAGCCACAUUUGUGCCAAGGAGUUCUGCCUUGCCUGUGAGCUUGGUUUCUUAUUCCAUAUGCUAGACCAGACUAAAGGCAAAACAUGUCAGGCUAGUAAUUUCCUACGUGCGUUUCGUACGAUUCCAGAAGCUUCUGCUCUUGGAUUGAUUAUAGGGGAUGCUGAAGAAGCAGCUGGAAGGGCAAACUUACCACGUCUUAUUCAAAGCUGGAAUCGGUUUGUCCUUCCACAGCUUAUGCAGGAUACACAGGAAAUUAAAGAAGAUCCUUUGACCUCAGAAACUGAUGUCAGCUCUGAAGAGGUCAUCGUAACGCCAUCGACCGUGCAGAGGUUGUUUGAGUCUGACAUGGACAUUGUGAACCGGUGCAAGUGCGGUAAAGAAACAACGCGGUCCACCUCAACAAUGCUCGUUACUCUCAAUUAUCCAGAUAUGAAUCCAGCAGGUGCUGGUCAACCUCCAAAAGUGUUCAGCUUUGCUUCAGUUUUACAAGGAAGUUUAUCAUUAGAACAUAUGACGCAGGCUUGGUGUAAAGACUGCAAGAAGUAUCUGCCGACAGUGCAGACGAGAACAAUCAAGCGUCUUCCCGAUGUGAUCGCCAUUAAUUGCCAACUAGAAACCAAUAGCGACAUGAUGUUUUGGAGAACACAAGAGGAGAUUGCUAAGCAGAAUGGAGAUGAAGUAGCAGAUACAAUAGUGUCAACAACCAAAAUGUGCAGAUAUGGAAAAGGAUGCACAAGGAAAGAUUGCAAGUUCAGGCAUUCUGAAGAUGAUGAAGGCAUUAAUGUAAUUAAGAUUAACACAUCCUCGUGGGUGCCAUGCGGAAUCAAGAUGCGACUCUCAGAAAAUGGAGCUCUGGAAAUUCAUGACAUAGACAAAGAAGAGGAGCUCACUAAAUCCAGUGACGAUGGCUUCCAAAAGUAUCUCUUACAUACGUCGGUAGCACACAUACAGGAUUUGAGGUCUGGCGGGAACCUUAUUGCCCACAUUAAUGUUGGCAAAAUGUAUCAUAAACGGAAAGAGGGUGUAACACAUACAAAUUGGUACGUGUUUAAUGAUUUUGCCAUUACGCCUAUUGAACGGCAUGAAGCCAGGCAGUUCAACCUAGAUUGGAUGACGCCCUGUGUUCUGUACUUCACGCGGACAGAUUUAGCAGAACAUCACGACACGACUGUACAUUAUCCAAUUGAUGAGUCGGUGCUACUGCAUAAGGCAUCACUAGCUCAAAGUACUGAAGUCCAGCAUAGCACGUUCACAGCUUUACAAUCUGGUGAACUCCAGUUUGAAGAUGGCUUCCCAGUAGCUAUUGAUGCUGAAUUUGUCUCUCUCAAUCAGGAAGAGGCUGAGAUCCGUAGUGAUGGUACAAGGACCACUGUUAAACCAAGUCAGAUGUCAGUUGCCAGGAUUACCUGCAUCCGCGGCGUUGGACCCAUGCAGGGCAUUCCUUUCAUCGACGAUUAUAUUUCUACUCAAGAACAGGUGGUGGACUACCUGACUAAAUUUUCCGGAAUAAAACCUGGUGAUCUAGAUGUAAUGAUAUCAUCAAAGCACAUCACAACUCUCAAAUCAACCUACUUGAAACUCCGGUACCUAGUCGACAGAGGGGUCACAUUUAUUGGUCAUGGACUGAAGAAAGAUUUCAGGGUCAUAAACCUACAGGUUCCUUCAAAUCAAAUAAUGGACACAGCAAUUCUUUUCAGCCUACCUAAGCAGAGACUUUCAUCAUUGAAGUUCCUUGCCUGGUAUUUCUUGAAACUGAACAUCCAAUCUGAAACUCAUGACAGCAUAGAAGAUGCGCGCACAGCAUUACUUCUCUACCAGAAGUACCUGGAAGGCAGCGACAAUGGAAACGAUAAAGUGUCGUGGAAAGCAACUCUCAAAGAACUGUAUGAACAGGGUCGAAAAUUAAACUGGAAAAUACCAGAACCGGAUGCUAGCCAAUAGUUAUGCUUUCAUAAACACAUUCUGCUUUCAUCAAUAGUGUUACAGGACCUGCCAUAGUGGCCAAUUGUAGCAUAAUUAUGCUUCAAGGCAUAAUUUUGACCCCAUAGCAUGUACAUCAAUGCUACGCAUAAUUUCAUGAAAACGUAGCAUAAUUUAGAAUUGAUGUAAAUUUCAUUACAUUUAGAAAAUAAAUUGCAAAAAAGUCAGAUAGUGCCAUUUCCGAGCAUCUAGAUGCCUAUUUUUGAAAUUUUCUCACCUCACCUAGAAAGGCAAAUAAGGUAAGGGGGAAUGGCAACGAGUGGGUUAAAUCUGAUUUUAGCCAAAUACGCUAUUUUGAACGCAAAAAGUACUGCAUUCCCGACUGCCGGGUAUCCAAGUACUAAAAUGUUAGUUAAAUCCAUGGCAGUCAUGUAUAUAUCAGCUAUUUGAGGCUUAGCAUCUGUAGCAUAAUUUUAUUCCAGGCAAUAGCAUAAUUUCAUUCGACACAGUGUCAACGAUGGGACCUGCUAAUAUUUACUUAAUGCACUUCCCCUGGAUGCGUGCAAUAUAGCGGGGCACUAGCUGGGACUGACCCCGGGUUGUACAGAUAUUUUUAGUCCUUGGAAUGCCGGAAUGUAUCUAGGACUGACCAGGGAAUGUAAUCGGACUGGAAAGGGCCGAGAAUGACAGAGUUUUUUUUCUGUGGUUUUGGAUAUUUGUGGUCAAAGGUCACAAAUGAGGCUACACAUUGCACAAGAGGCAAACAAGGUUGGGACCUGAGGAAAUUCUUAGUAAAGUAUUUGCUCAACAAAGAUAAGAUAAAACAAGAAAUAAAUGUAUUUUAAAAUGCGAGUCCUGUUUAACAAUCUCUUUAAAAUUAGACACAUGAAGGUAAACUUAACAGAGUAGUGGAUUAUGACCUUAAAUUAUUGUUGGUAAUGUGUAUUUUUUCUUACAAGUUGAUAAAUAAAUAUCAAUUGAUGAA